GAUUCCAUUCCAUGCAUUCUCAGGAUAGGAUCGCCAUUUUCUGGCUGACCAAUCCGCUGCAGCCAGCCGUGCGUUACGGACCACACCAAGAGUGACUAGCCAGUUGAGUUGAUGCCAAGGAAUGAUUGUCGCUUGGGUUUGUCACACCGCAUUUAACUCCCAGGUUGCCUUCCUUCCGUGACGAUCUCCCUACAAGGCCACUGGACUCUAGCUAGCUGCAAGUUGGCCGUGUCUUGUGGACCUGUGACACUGCUACCGGUACUGGCCGUGUUGCUUGCAACUGGUAGUAUAAGUGUGAGAGGAGUUUGCGCGGCUGGGAGAGACAUUAAGGGAAGCAAUCGCAUUUUUCCAACGCUGACGACCAAGCUAGUACAACUUGGGCGACAUGGAUCAUCUUGACGAGCAAUCGUUCCUGGACGAGCUCAUGUCGCUGCGCCGGGAGGAGGCGCCCGCUCUGGGUCCGUGGCAGGCGUACCCGGGCAGCCGCAUGACGAUGACGACGAGCGACCUCCUCUUCUACGGCGACGAGGUCGCCGACGAGGCGAGGAGCGGCAUGGACUUGGCCGGGCCCUUUCAGCAGCCCAUGGCACCACCGCCGGCCCCGGCCGCGCCAGCGCACCGGCCGCAUGAGGAGUUCAACUUUGAUUACCUCAGCGAAGUGUGCAACCCUUACAGGAGCUGCAUCGGCGGCGUCCAUGGGCCUGGGGUCGUACACGCGUCCAGCCAGGCGCUCGCUCAAUCUCAAUAUGCCCGCCAGGACACCAUGGCGGAGAACGGCACGAGUAGCGGCAAGCUGCAUCACGGCGGUGGUGGGUCGUCGUUGUCCCCGUCGUUCGUGUUCGCAGGUGUCACCGGGGAGAGCUCGGAGAUGACCAAGGGCGUCUUCUCCGGCGCACAACCUAGAAGCAAGCUCAACGGCGGCACUACAUCCAAGAACCUCAUGGCGGAAAGACGGCGCCGGAAGCGCCUCAACGACCGCCUCUCCAUGCUCCGCUCCAUCGUGCCCAAGAUCAGCAAGAUGGAUAGGACCUCGAUCCUCGGGGACACCAUAGACUACGUGAAUGAGCUAACCGAGCGGAUCAAAACCCUCGAGGAGGAGAUCGGCGCCACGCCGGAGGAGCUGAACCUGCUCAACACGAGGAAGAAUUUCUCCAGCUGUACCGCCGAGGAGAUGCCGAUGAGGAAUUCCACCAAGUUUGUCAUCGAGAAGCAGGGCGAUGCCGAAACGAGGAUCGACAUCUGCUGCGCCACAAGCCCUGGUGUGCUGAUCUCGACAGUGAGCGCGCUGGACGUGCUGGGGUUGGAGAUUGAGCAGUGCGUCAUCAGCUGCUUCGGGGACUUUGCCAUGCAGGCAUCCUGCUCACAAGAGGAAGGGAGGAGCCGAGUGACAAGCACCGACGAGAUCAAGCAGGCAUUGUUCACGAGUGCGGGCUACGGAGGAAAGUGUCUCUAGAUCGAUCGAGCACGCCAAUUCAUCAAGCAUGUACCAGAACAAGCUGCUUGUAAUUUGGUAAUCUUCCGUGAGUUAUGUGUUUGCAUAUAUUUGCUUGAUUUGUUUCAAAAAUAUCUGCAUGAAUUAAUGUAGUAUUUAUGUUCAAUUUUUGAAAAGUAGUAGUAGUAUUAUCUAAAGUUCAGCUGUUUGUGACUAGAUAGACUGUAAUAGUUGGGCGUGUGUCCGUGAGUGUAAUAUGCAUGCAAGUAUGUAUCAAUGUAUGGAGUGGAGUAUUGGGAUUUGGCCGACAUGAAAAGAUACCAAUCUGUUUUUGCA